CCACUCAUUUCUCAAAACCCUAAUCCAGUGUACUCUUCCUCCGUCCGUCACAGUUUUACUUUGAUGUGGAUUUCUGUCUGGCUGCCUAGAAAGUGAAGGAAAGCAAAGGAAGAAGAAAGAAAGUGCUUUGCUUCCACUAUAUUCAUCUCGCUUUUGGCUCCUUCCGCAAAAAUUAGGAAUCUUCUAUGGGGUCGGAUUUAGAGUCAGAGUUAGCUAAUACUCAAGCUGUGAGCCAAGAAUCACCACAUACGAAAUCAAAAAAGAAGAGAAAGAGGGAGAACACUGAAGAUAUUUUGAACCAAGAAUCACCACAAACACCAAACGAGAAAUCAAAAAAGAAGAAAAAAAGGGUUAAAGAGAGAAGUUAUGACGGUACAAUCCCAAUCCAAAAUGACAAGCCACUCAACAAACCUAAUGAGCAAUCACCUAUGGAUGUCAAAAUUGAAGUCACCUAUGGCCAUUCUGAUAAAACCCCGCCUAUAGUGGGAUAUUUCCCUUCUGGUUAUAAGCCAUGUAAAUAUAAUGUCAGCAACAAUUCGCAGGAACCUAAUCAGGAACAGAAUCUGUCACAGCCACAACCAGAACAGCCAAUUGUUAAGCUUUAUAGGAAUGCUCAAAGGACCAAGAUUGAGAAAAGAUCCAAUGAAAAUAUUGAUAAAUGGAAAAGUUCGGAAAGGAUGGAACUAGUUGUGAGUCCUAAUGGGUACAACUUGGAUUUUGUGGGCAAGAGCUAUAGAGGUGAGGCUAUGGCUGCUCAGUUCUGCACUUAUGCGCUUGGGGUUUUUGAUAAGAAGACCAAGACUUUGAAGAUUAUGCCUGUUGCCGGAAAUAAGAUAUUCAGAUUGGAACCUAAGGUGCGCGGAUUAGAUACUGCUGAUGAGGAACCUUCAGUUUUGGAAAAUGAGGAGGUUUCUGGAGGAAACAAUGCAGAAAAGAUAAUGGCUGCUGGCUAUGUAACAAAGAAAUCUGUAAUGCAGUACAAAAAGGCACAGGCUCUGAAGCAGGGAGAUGAUCCUGAAUCUCAGAGAGAUUUGGGCAGGAAAAUUGAUAAUGUUGUAGUUAACAAGGAGGCUCUUGAAAGUGCUAGUGCGCAUGUUGCUCGAAAUAUUCCACCUCAUAACUCUUCUGCUACCACUCCUCAGGAGGCUUAUCCAUUGAAUAGGAUUAUUCUUACAGGAGAGUGGGAUUUCCUUGAAGAUACUCACAAGUUUUUGCAAGAAGGGGCUGGAGCAAUGAGCAAUGCUUACCCAACUUUUGUUCGCAACAGAAUCCAUAAAUUACAGGAAAUCCAGGAUGAAGUGGAGAAGCAGACACUUUCUUGCAUUUUCUCUUACAUAACUCAUCUUAUAAAGUUCAAAGAUCUGCAUUCUUUAGAUGGUCUAUCCUCAGCAAAGAGCCACAGAUUUCCAAGCAUUCUUCGCCAGAAAUUCAUGGAGAUGUUUACUCCAGAAUCAAAACGGCUGCCGAGCGAGAAAAUUGAUCUUCUGAUUAGUUAUGUCUUAGUGCUGACACUAUAUGCUGAUGAUUUCCGGACUAAUCCAACAGAUAUUGCCAAAGAUCUGAGAUUUAGUCCAGUCAACUUAAGAGUGCAUUUUGAGAAUUUGGGGUGCAAGCUUGUACGUGAAAACAAGUUGUUAUUGGCAACCCUUCCAGUCCCUCUCAAGUUCCCCAUUCAGAGGCAGAGGCGAAGACGGUAGAUGGAUCCGAGUGCCCAAAAUGUAUUUUUUGUUCGGCAGAGAUUAGUCCCCAUGUCCAGUGUGGUGGAAUGAUAUUUGGGAUGGACCAUGUUGCAAGUUUUGUGGGUUCAGGAAAAUUUUCAGAUUUAUGUAUGAUUUUUUUGGUCUACCUUUUUGUGUCGGGAAAUGUUGUUCUAACCAUUAUUGGUCCGAAGAGAGACCUAUGCAUCUUUUUCAUGUAAUAUGCAACUAAUUUUAUUCAAUUUCCGCUUUUUUCU